AUCUCGAUCUCGUCAGCCUCAGGUCACUUCGGGCAACCCAAGUUAUGUCCGGCAUACAAGUGGAGAAGACACUCCUUUGGAUCACGGCGGCCACCGUCGUCGUUGGCUUGUCGGCAUGGGCCGAACGGAAGCUCCGAGCACAGACAUUCCGUCCUGAACAGGUCGACAAACAGGAAACCGGGUCUGGCAAGGUCGUUCACGGUGUCAUAGGGCUCAUCGGUAAUACGCCGUUAGUGAGAAUAGACAGUCUCAGUGAUGCCCUCGGCGUGGAGAUCCUCGGCAAAGCGGAGUUUUUAAACCCAGGCGGAUCCGUCAAAGAUCGAGUGGCGCUUCAAAUUAUAGAAGACGCAGAACGAGCGGGGUUAUUAGUCCCAAACACCGGUUCGAGGAUCUUCGAAGGCACCGUCGGCAGCACAGGUAUCUCGAUAGCGACGGUAGCUAGAGCAAAGGGCUACGAAACAACGAUCAUCAUGCCAGACGACGUUGCCCUGGAAAAAGUUCAACUAGCAGAAAUGCUGGGCGCGACCGUGGAAAGGGUCCGGCCAGCAAGCAUUGUGGACGAGAAGCAGUUUGUGAACCUCGCUCGAGCUCGCGCAGCAGCUUUCACGGGAGACGACAGUGUGGUACAUAGUCAUGCCCGGAAUGAUGGACAGACUGACGUGUUGGUCAGCGAGAAGCGGGAAUCGUCCACGGCUGUGAAACAAAGUUCGGCCAGAGGAUUCUUCGCAGAUCAGUUUGAAAAUGAGAGCAAUUUCAGAGCCCAUUUCGAGGGCACAGGACCAGAGAUAUGGGAACAGACGGGCGGGAAGAUCGAUGCAUUCGUCUCGGGUGCAGGCACCGGCGGUACACUCUCAGGAACAUCGACUUACCUUCGAAGGAGAAAUCCUCAACUCAAGGUCAUCCUCUCAGACCCGGAAGGCAGUGGAUUAUUCAACAAGAUCAAGUAUGGAGUCAUGUACGAUGUCAAAGAACGGGAAGGAAGGAAACGGAGGCAUCAAGUGGAUACUAUUGUUGAGGGUAUAGGUAUCAACAGACUCACGCGGAACUUCGACAUCGGCCGCAAACUGAUCGAUGAUGCUUACCGAGUCACGGACCAGGAGGCCAUUUCCAUGUCUCGCCAUCUCGUUAUGCACGACGGUCUCUUCUUGGGCUCGUCCAGCGCCUGUAACCUGGUAGCUAGCGUCAAGCUGGCCAAGACGUUGCCGAAAGGAAGCACUAUCGUUACGAUAUUAUGUGAUUCUGGCUCUCGCCAUCAGAGCAAGUUUUGGUCAAAGGAAUACAUAGACAAGGCUGGCUUCAAAGACAGCCCUGAUAUCACCAGCAUUCUCGGAUAGCGGCAUAGUUCGCGGGAAUCUAUGCAAGCAAACGUCUAUCAAAUCCGAUCCAAUCCUGCAUUCACAUCUACAAUAAAAUCUGCCAAUGCUUCGAGGACGGCAGAUUCACCACCUCUUCUACUCGGGUAAGGUAUCGACUAGUGUUACGACGU